AUGGUUUCUCCUCAAAGGUUCUCUUCUCAUUUAAGCCUUGAAGUGAAAAUCAUAGAAGCAAUAAACGUAGAAUCCAGAUCCAAAGGUAUUCUAUUUGUGAGAUACUAUGUUGUUGGAGGAAACAGCAAGAGAAAAAUUGGGCUGAAAACCAAAGAAAUUUCCAUGAAAAACGACGAUGACCAGAACCACGUUUGGAAUGAGUCUUUCUCCUUGGAGUGUUCUUUCACUACAGGUGGCCAUACUCGUACGGAUAUGAUCACCAAACUAAAGCAAGAAAGCUUUGUUUUCGAGCUAAGGUGGAGAAAAAGAUCAAUAUUCAGUCAUUUUUGUGGUUCAAAACUUUUGGGGAGGGCGGAGAUUUUGUGGAAGGAAGUCAUCAUUGAUGACUCUCCUAACAUGGUCUUAGAGAAAUGGGUGGAUAUAGUUAAUUCAGGUACUGGUAGUGGUGGUGGAGACAAGGUUAUUGACAAUGGUGUAGUUAAAUCAGCUAAACUGAAGGUGGAGAUUAGAGUUAGGGUUUUGAUAAAGGAGGAAGUAUUGGAGAAAAGGAGGGCUAAAAUGGGAAUGAAGAAAAAGAACUGGGACGAUUGUGAGUGUAAAUCUGGUCACCAUCUUUGUUCAUGUACUUGUGAAGAUUAUCAUGUUUUUGCACUUGCCACGACUUUUGAGGCAUUUUAA